AUGGAGCGGGAGGAGAUCGUGAGGAAUGCUGAGAGGCUGUUGGAGCACACCACGAAAGGGCGAGAUGCUUCCCACGAUGCAGCGCAUGCGUACAGGGUUCGGGAUCUCGCCCUGUCGUUAGCGAGAGAGGAAGGGCUGGGUGACCCUUCUUCUCCCGGCUACUCCCAGGACAGCAUAGAAGUGGUAAGACUAGAAAUUCAAUGUAGAAGCCAUUUAGAUUAUACAAGGAGAUGCAAACCUACAUUCGAAAGCUCCUAAUGCCCUAAUACAGUCUCGAGGUUUCGCUCCGUUUGUUUUCUUCUCCUCUCCAACCGCCGUUUCCUACACCUUUGCAAAGGGCCUUCGUGUAUCUUUUCCAUAGUUCGAAUUUGUCAAACGCUGCGGGGCUUAUGGCCUCACUUCCCGGAUGAAUUUUGAUGAAAGUCUACCACGAUUUCUGAUAGUGCCAGCUUCCUGUGGGGAGCUGGAGGUUCCUAUGGUCUCGGCAGUUCUCAUCGAAUUGUCUGUGUUCUCAUAGUAGGAGACUGUAUUGCCCAAAGUUCUAUAGCGCAAGAAUAAUUCUACGGUAUUGACUCCAUUUUUCUGCGUUGUCCACGGUUAGGUGGAGCUUGCCGCGCUACUCCACGACAUUGGUAUGUCUCUGCCCUCUCUAUAUGAAAAGUAUGUGGUUCUCUUUUUCCUACUUGAAUUGGCGGUGAAACGCGGGUGACAUUGGUUUCAGGGGAUUACAAGUACACCAAGUGGGUAGACCGAUCCUUGCUCAUUUUUUUCUCAUCUGUAUCCUACCCUUUAUUUUCCUCGGUCAUUAAUUCCGCUUCAAGGCAACGUGGAUUUAGUGAGCUUCUCCGUGCUAUUCAUCAGACGUAAUGUACUGAUGCAUACUCCUAUAUUUCAACUUUACUUUUAGGGAUCAGACAGAUGAUACAGCAAUGGUUGAGAAGUUUCUUAACGAUGAGGGAUUAGAAGACUGCAAAACAGAGAAGAUAUUGAGGAUCAUAAAGGCAAUGGGUAGGCAUCUAUUUAGAUUCUAAUGGUUUGAGAAUACUUGCCUAUCCUCUGCCUACUCAGCUGGAGAAACUUUUAUCUGAUUAUUGCCCUCGUAUUCUCCAUGCAUGUCGUCUGGAGCUACGAAGUGCUAUGGAUUCCCAGCCUGUAACAUCACCUGACGUGCAUUUUUGUCUAUCAUCAUUGCCAUUCACAGUAUGCUGGUUUCUUGUGUUAUCUUCAUCUACAUUCAUCAGAUUUCUGCUUUGUGCAGAGAUUCAUUGUCCCAUGGUACUGUUGGUAUGCUAAGAUUCCCCCCACUGCAUUAAUUCAUCUUUUCAAUCCCGAUUGUUGCCUCUGUCUCCCAGUAAUCAAAGUUUUAUCUUAUUUUCCCUUUGUUUUGCGUGCUCAGCUUCAGUUCUUUUGUCUAUAUUCUUGUUAUUUUAUAGUCUGUUAUUUGGCAUAUCCCUCUUUACCAUUUGUUUUCAGGUUUCCUUGAGGGUAUUUUCUUACAACCUAAUAAGAACCAACAACGAUGAUCAAUUGCAUAUUUGACUAGGAAUGAUAUUUUCUUCACGAUUACAAUCUUUUGCGCAAUGGACAAGGAUGGUGCUGUCCUUCCUGUAUCUUUUUAGCAUAUUUACUUAUGUUCCGGUGUAUUCAACUGAAAUCAUUGUAAUGCAUACAAUUUUUCUCACCUAGUUUGCUUGGGCGAUGAACUAGUUCACAUAUUUUGUGGGGAAAAUAUUGUUCGUGUUAAUAUUCUAUGGACGUGAUAGAUUUUGUAAACUUGCUUUCAGGGUUCAAGAAUGAAGUAACGCAUGCCUCGUGUUUUGAUUCUUCCUUAGAAUUUGGUGUUGUGCAAGAUGCAGAUCGUCUUGAUGCAAUUGGUGCCAUUGGUAAGUUGCCAGGUCCUACAUAUGAACAUUUUUUGACUGUUCAGUGCCUAGCUAACAUAGCUUCUUUAAUCAGCUUAUGAUUUUUAGGUUGCUGAAUUUACUUUGAUUUCACACAUACCUUCUGUAAUAAUAUAUCCUGAAAUCUUCCUCGUUUAAGAAGUCUAUGCAUGUCUGCAAGCAGAGAUUUUAUCAACAUUAUUAGAACCUUUGCAAUUUGUAUUAUACUUCGUCCAUUAGUCAAAGUUUUGACGAGUAAACGCUGAUUUUGACUACUAAGUUCCUCAACAAUUAUUCCCAUAGUUUGAUUUCUCAUUAUUUGUCGUGCGCUGUUAACAGAAGUACGCAAUUUUCGAUUCCCUCACUUUUUCAGGAAUUGCUCGUUGCUUUACCUUUGGGGGGAGCAAGAAUCGUCCACUGCACGAUCCUUCAAUACCACCUCGAACUGCUUUAUCAAAGGAAACCUACAUGAACAAGGAUGAGAGGCAGCCUUCCAUCAACCACUUCCAUGAGAAACUACUCAAGCUGAAGGAUCUGAUGAAGACCAAGGUAACAUAAAUGGGUUUCCAUAAUGGUAAUUUUCACGAGAUAAUUUUCAUGGGUUUACAUUAAAAAUAUCAGCCUUUGGAUUUAUAUGAGAAUUCCAUACCCGUUCAUGCUCGUUCGUUAAUCGCCAUGCUGUGAAGCAAACAAGAACCCGUUUUCUGUGUUGCAUUUGUCUUGAGAAUCCUAUCCUUGCGGCUGCUGUUCUGGUUUCCCAUCGACCGACCGGUACCUAAAAACGGGAUCUUGCUUGGCCGUUGAGUUCAGGCAGGGCAACGGAGGGCCGAGGGACGGCACAAGUUCAUGCUGGACUUCCUGAAGGUGUUCUACGAAGAAUGGGAUGGAAGAGCGUAA